UUUUCAUUCUACUGACGCUUCUCGAGCUUUUCGGUCUCUUUUACCUGGGAAUCUCCUGAAAGUAAUUCUUAUCAGUGAAAACCUAUUGAGAGCCUUUGAGAAAAUCUGCCAUAUUUAAUUUCCCAAGGAUAUUACUUGAUAUACUUUGAGGAAUUUUUCUCCCGUUUAAGUGAGCAAUUAAUGAGUCAGUCUUUGCAUAAAAAAAUCAGUGAUUAAAUAAAAUUAUGCUUUGAUAGCGGAAAAUGAUUAAAAGAAAUUCUUUCUAAUUAAUAAAAUCAAGUGAAAUCAUUUUUGAAUCUUUAGCAAAUUAUAUCCCAAAUGCAGUGUUAAAGUAAAAUUUAUUAAAGUACAAAGGGAAGUUGUACAAAAUUGGACAUCUGUUGAAUAUAAAAGGUAUUUAUCUGACUCUUGUGUGUGAUCUUGGCAUUGAAAUUCAGUGACGCUAUUUAGUGGAGUGUCCUGACGCCCCUAAUUCAAUUUACAGACAAAUUAUUUAGUGAAAGAACAUUCAAUUUGCAUUCACGUGCUCAUCCAAACAAAUUGUAGAACGACCGCACGUUUGGCCAGGAGGCUACAUGCAAAGGGUGGUGCAGCUGUCUGGUGAAUUGGAAAAAGAAGAAGGACCCAGUGCGAACGGAGACGGGUGCCGUUGAGUGAAUCCCAUGGAAAUUGUGCCAUUGAGGAAAUGCCAUUUGCAGACAUCUGCAGUUACGAUUUUUACACGAAGCGACUGUGGAAGUGAGAAGUACCCCCAAGAGUGUCACCAUGGAGUGGCUACUGGCUAAUCCGCAGAUACACAGCAUCUUUGGCUCCCUCGGGGCGAUGCACGGCGACAGUUACGUGGUCAGUGAGAAUUGCCUUGUUCUCCUUGAAGAAAUUAACUACAAACUCUCAAUCGAAGAUCACACCCUUCGGACGUUUAGGCGUGCAAUUGGCUUCAGCCAGUGCAUCAAGGAGGACAUCAUACCACUGUUGCUCAAUGUGAAGGAUGAGAAGUUGAUUGAUGCAACUGUGAGGAUUUUGGUGAAUCUCACUGUGCCCGUAGAAUGCCUCCUGCCCAUGGAGAUGAUGUCACGCACUGAUGUGGGUCGUCAUACGAUUUUCGAGCUGAAUAAGCUUCUUGUGCAGAGCAAGGAAGCUUUCACGGAUAGCAAGGCAACGAAAGCUGUACUGGACUACAUGAAGAGCAUCCUCGAGAAGGAGGGGAAGCUGAGUGUUGAGCAGUGCGAUGGGAUCAACAACUGCCUGCUGCUGCUGCGGAAUAUCCUGCAUAUUCCGGAGCCUGUACGGGGGAAUCACGGCAGUGGGCACCAUGGGACAUCGAUGCAGAAUCAGAUUGUGUGGAAUUUAUUCACACAGAGCGUCGACAAGCUGCUCAUUCACUUGAUGUCGUGCCCACAGCGUGCAUACUGGGGCGUGACGAUGGUACAGGUGAUUGCCCUGAUGUACAAGGAUCAACACGUGGGCACGCUACAGAAGCUCCUAAGCAUCUGGUUCGAGUCAUCCAUCUCCGAGAGUUCGGAUGACAAUGAAUCCAACACGUCUCCGCCAAAGGAGUGCUCUGGAGACUCGAGCCCGAUGCUAACGUCUGAUCCAACAUCGGAUUCCUCAGACAAUGGAGGCGAUAGUAAAAUGAAUACGCACGAUGAGAGACGCAGUAAUUCCCCAAUUCAGGAAACAUCCGAUGAAUCCAUGCAGCAGUCCCCACAAUUUUGUCGUAUUGAAUCAAUGCGCACGAAAACCAAGCCCCAGAAUCCAGCGACAGCAAAGCAGCAGCAUCCCAAGGCAGGGCAUCAGGCCACCUUCAACUUUACCAACAACAGUGGCACGGAGAAGACACAACAGGCUUGUGGUCCACAACAAGGACCAUCCCAGAAGGUAGGUACAGGUGCUGCUACAUCUGGGAAUCAACAGGGAGCACCAUCUUCGCAGUCAGAGUCUGACUGUGGAUAUGGGACUCAGGAUCAGCAUGAAUCCAUCUCCACAUCCAGCAAUGAGGAUGAGUCGCCACAGCAGAAGCCGGUGCACCAGAAGCCACCGAGUAAUCAGAAGCAGCGCUACAAUGCUGCCAAUAAGCAAAGGAAUACGGCAACAGUUGCGGAUAAGAAGGAGUUGCGCAGGAAGAAGUUGGUGAAGCGCAGCAGGAGUAAUAUCAUCAACAUGAAGGGCUUGCUUUAUCACACACCAACGGACGAAGAUAUCUCCAACAUUCUCAAAGAAUUCACUGUGGAUUUCCUCCUGAAAGGCUACGGAUGUUUGGUGCAGGAACUCCAUGCGCAACUUCUAACGGAUUUGCAAGUUCAAAUUGAUACGUCGCACUUCUUCUGGCUCGUAACUUACUUCUUGCGUUUUGCUGCGCAACUUGAAUUGGAUCUUGAGCACAUAAAUUCCGUGCUGUCCUUUGAGAUUGUCAGCUAUCUCACGUACGAAGGGGUGAGCUUGUGUGAACAACUGGAGCUAGCUGCAAAGCAACAGAGCCCAGAUCUCAAGCCAUGCCUGCGACGGAUGCACCUCGUUGUGACGGCAAUUCGGGAAUUCCUGCAGGCUCUGGAGACCUACAAGAAGAUCAGCCAUCUCAAUGAUGACGACAAGGAGCACCUGCGCUUUCUGCAGCUGCAAAUUGGUGCCACGGACGAUCUCAAGUGUCUCUUUAUGCUCCUUCUGGGGCGCUUCAAUCCGGAGCUGCAGAGCAAACAAUACCUCACGGAUUUAAUUGUCACCAACCACAUUCUUCUCCUCUUACUCGAGGGUGUUGCAAAAUUCCCGGAACACAAAGGCAGCACAAAAAUGCUGGAGCAUAUCAAGCAAUUUGCCACCGUGGAGAUUAUGCAUCACUAUGGGUUGUUGCUUGAGGAUUUUCGUGACAAUGGGGAAUGUGUCAAUGAUUGCAUUUUCACCAUGAUGCACCACAUUGGUGGAGACUUGGGGCAGGUGGCUACACUCUUCCAGCCAAUAAUUCUCAAGACAUACACACAAAUCUGGGAAACAGACUACGAGCUUUGUGAUGACUGGUCAGAUUUGAUUGAAUACGUGAUUCAUAAGUUUGUCAACACGCCCCAACAGCCACCAAUUGAACUUCCAAAUCCUUCCUUCACCCUCGAUCCUGGACAGAAUGGGGAAUCAGGUGUCCCAUCAAUUUGGAGUAAAGAAGAAAUUGACACCCUGUACUGGUACUAUGUGCAGAAUAAGAAAUCCGGCGAUGUUGUGGGGAAAAUUCUCAAGCAGUUCCAUGACAAUGGAUCAGGACAGAAGAGUCGCAUUGACAUCAUUCAGCAACUUCUGCAGCAAGACAUAAUCACCCUGCUGGAAUUUGAUGAUUUCAUGAAGAGCGAAGAUGCUCACUAUGAGAGGGACAUUAAGACACCCGGCGCCUCCACUAGUACAGCUGAAAGUGGAAUUGAGAUAAAAGAUGGUCUUACACCACUUGCUAAACCCACAGAUGAUGUUCAGGUACUGCGCGAUCGUCUCUACAAAGAAAAUAAAGGCAAAUUCGUUCUGUGGCUUCAGAAGGUUCUUGUUGAGUGUUGCUUCAUUAAAUUGUGCAUAAGUCAGGGUAAAUUGACAUCCAAAGACAUUUGUGUGGAAUCAGAGGUGAAGACGAUGGAACCCGUUCCUCAUCAUUGCAUUUUGAAAAAGCAGUCAAUCCCCGUUGUCCCAUGGACUGGAGAACAAUGUGCUGUGCUUGUGUAUCAGCCAUUUAUGCUGCUACUUCACAAAUUGGGCUUCCACCUACCUGUGGAUGCUGGAAAGCUCUUCAUUCGUAUCCCUGAAUUUUGGACGGCUGAUAUUCUCUACAGCAUUGCGGAAAAAUUGGGACCAAUUGAUAAAUGUUUACUGAAGUUCGACGUGAAUCAGCUAAAAGGAUCACAAUGUGGCAAUCACUACAAUGCUAAACAGGAUGACAUGGAAGGUUGCAGUGAGAAUUUCGCUAUUCCGGGAUUGAAGCAAACCAGCUCGAUCAUUAGAUUCACACCUGAACCCACAUCGACGCCUUCGCUACCAAAUUGGCUGCAGAUCGUCAUGCAGAGCAAAACGGGCGAUCGAAGUUUACACGACACUGCGACAGGUCACGCAGAUCUUCAAUGUGCCACAACCGCCAAUGUGGUGGCAACACCUGAAGCACUCUUCGUGGAUGUUAUGCAUCUGCCCAUCAAGGAGGAUCGUGACAAUGAUAGAUCAAACGAUGACUCCCAAUCAACCGUCUGCAAUGCUUCCAUUCAGGAGCUCGAAGAUGCUGUCAGCAACUGCGAUACAGCUUCCGUGGCAUCGGACCUAACGCGAAUGUAUGUGAGUGAUGAAGAUGAAAAACCCAGCAUAAUGCCUCAACGAUCAAUUCUCUAGCCCGGCGAACGAUUUCAAGUCUCUUCGAGGCCUGUCUGUCUCGAUGGAAUCUUUUAGUUUUAUUUAUUUCUUUUAUGCUCUUAAAUGGUGUCACAACACUCAGUGUCUUGCUUUGGUGUACAUAGCAAAAUGCACACCAAAAUAUUUUAUAUUAAAAACAAAAACGAGGUAUAUAUCAAAUAUGAUUAAUCUAAUUACCUAUGCCAAGUAUUUAAGCCCAAAAACUAUCGCCAAUUUUAUCUAUGCGCAUUGUUAUUAAUAAUUGCACUUGAUAGCUCUCUGCGAGGGAGAAUUCUGAUAUUUCUCUCUCGCUCUAUUUUAAAAUUCAAUGAAGAUUUAUGUAUGUAUCUCCUGUAGUUGUCGUCAUGCUGGACAUUGUCAACAAUUUUAUCAAUUUUGCCGUAUUUAGUUAGAAGCAAGAAUAUUAAAAUAUUAUAUACCUAUACAGUUUAAGCGAGGCUAAAGAAUGAACAAUAGCUGAAAUCUCAGGAUUUUUUAUACACACACUCAAUAUGGUGAUAAUAAUGACAAUUUUAACCCUUUAAGGACCAUAAAAAAUCCUUGAAAAAAUAUAUAUAAAGGCGCUAUUCAGAGUCAUUGAUUUUCUUUUUUCUUAAACAAUUUAAACAGUUUUCGUUUUGAUUUAAAUCUAUAAAAUCGUUUUUUAAAAGGCCUUGAUUCUGCCAAAGAUCUUCUCCUUUCUAUAAUAUAGCACAAAAAUGUGUCUCGGCGACUAAUUUGAAAGAAGAAAAGAAAAGAUUUUCCUCUAAAUCGAGACUUUAAUUUUCAUUCUUUUCAAUGAUUUUCCCUCAAAGUUUGUCAAAAGAAUGAAAUAUUUCACAGAAAUAAAAUUGCAUUAAAGUUUGCAUUGAAUCCUCAUCUUAAUGCUCCUGAAGCUAAAUAAGGCGUGUAGAAGAUCUAAUUUCUUGCACGUACAGAUGCGUGUGCGCGAUAAUACUGAUUAAUAUCGUUUCGGUGAAUCCAUAAAUCAACAUAAUCGGUAGUUAUAGCUUGAAUAGCGCCAUAAAUACACCCAGGUUCAAAACACAAUGUCCAAUAUAACUUCUUUGCCUCUCCAUUUUUUUAUUUUCUUUAAUAUUUUUCCUUGUGGUGUAAUAUUUUUCGUGGACAGAGGAGUUGUAGUAAAAUAUUAGCUCAAAAGGUCAAAUUGUGCUUAAAUUUUAUGAUGGUAACAAAACAAAUUAUAUAUUUCCCCUCAAAUAUGUAACAGAGUCUUUUGAUUUCAUUUCUUUUCCGUUGAUUGUUGAGUAUAGUGGCUCAAUGUGAAUUUAUUGAGGUGAAUUUAUGGAACAAGGUGUUGACACUGUCAGUUCCACCAUGUCUACCGAAGAAAUUAUUAUAAAGUAAGAAAAUAUAUAUUCAUUUAUAUACUGAAUUUAAAAUAAAAUUUUAAAAAAAGUUGUACUUUGAAUGGAAUAUUUAUUCGCAAAAAAGACAUUUUAUUUGUAGGAUGUUUGUAUAAGAAGAAUGAUCAACAUAUAUUUAUCUAUUUAUAUAUAUCAUUUUGUGAGAUAUUUAUAUUUUUUGCGAGAAAAUGGAGAAAUCAAAAAAAUAGUGAAAUACA